UUAUGUUACCUAACGUGUAGCUUCAAUAGUACUUGCCAACACGGACGCUUCAGAACAUUAUUCUUUAUUUCUUCAACGGGUAAAGAAGCAACAUGGCGGACGCAGCUCCAGCCGCUCGAGGUGGUUUCCGUGGAGGAUUUGGUGGCCGAGGAGGUCGUGGUGGUAUGCGAGGGCGUGGUAGAGGACGUGGCCGUGGUCGUGGGCGUGGCAAAGAGGCUGAAAAGGAAUGGAUCCCAGUAACUAAACUUGGACGUCUUGUCAAAGAUCAGAAAAUUACAUCUCUUGAAGAUAUUUACCUGUUUUCUCUUCCAAUUAAGGAAUUUGAAAUUAUUGAUUUUUUUAUUGGGCCUAACUUGAAAGACGAGGUACUCAAAAUUAUGCCUGUUCAGAAACAGACUCGUGCAGGGCAAAGGACAAGAUUCAAAGCCUUUGUAGCAAUUGGUGAUAGUGAUGGGCACAUCGGUCUUGGCGUGAAAUGCUCGAAAGAGGUUGCCACUGCUAUCCGUGGAGCUAUCAUUCUCGCCAAACUGUCAGUUGUACCAGUGCGUAGAGGUUAUUGGGGAAACAAGAUCGGAAAGGCUCAUACAGUGCCUUGUAAAGUCACCGGCAAGUGCGGAUCCGUUCAAGUACGAUUGAUCCCCGCUCCUAGAGGUACUGGCAUCGUAGGUGCUCCCGUCCCCAAAAAACUGUUGCAAAUGGCUGGUAUUGAGGACUGCUACACCUCCGCCCGAGGAUCAACUGGUACACUCGGCAAUUUCGCGAAGGCAACCUACGCAGCAAUUGCUAAGACAUACGCCUACUUAACACCCGAUCUCUGGGACAAUGACAGCAAACUUGAGCCACCUCCUUACAGCAAAUUUGCUGAACAUCUGGAGAAGUGUCAUCAUCCACAUGCAUUGGCACAAUCCAGAACUGAUUCUUAGGCAAUUUGUUGUUAGAAACUGCCAUAAAUAAAUAUGAUUUAAAAAAAGAAGUAA